AUGGUUCACUACACACUGGCUGGGCGCGUGAGCAGCGAGGAGUACGCUAUCUGCGACCGCCUACUUGACAUCCUGGCCGCGGUUUUGCCCGAUUGCCAGGUAACCAAACGCCCAUCAAGGACCGACCGCUGGCCCAACGACGCUGCUGAGCUGAUGAGGUUGCACGGCUUCAACUUGCCCACUUCGUCAAACCUCGUGAUCAGCGACGUCGCCAUCUGGACCGACACGGGUCGACUGCUGUGCUCAGACGUGGACACCUUCAGCACCUUUGUAGGACGAAACUACGGCGUGCAGUUGGACCUGACCGAGGCGGAGGUGCUGCUUUACAUCAAGGCUAACGCAGCGGUGACGGCGCUGCUGCGCGUGCGCCACAGCAACCAGGCUGCCACCCAGCGCCUCGCCUUCUCCACCGAAGCUACCGACGCGGCUGCCGCUGCGUUGCGCAUGGGCUUCAAGAAGGCUCAAAAGGACGAAAACGACGCGCUCAAGGUGGAGGAGGAGGCAGAGCCUGUGUCGCCAACCGAUGUGAGCGCGGUGGCGCCUCCAGUAGUGGAGAAGAAGCUUGUGCCGCCGGCCGUAAGCUCCUCGCAGCCCUUAUGGCUCACGCAGGACCACCCCGUGACGGACUUGUCAGCCUUCGCGCCCAAGAUUGUGGUCGUUGGUGUGGGCGGAGCUGGAGGAAAUGCUGUGAACAACAUGAUCGCGCGCGGCCUGCAGGGCGUCGAGUUCCUGGUGUGCAAUACGGAUGCACAGCACUUGCGUACGACCUUGACGGAGAACCGCGUUCAGAUGGCCCCUGAGCUGACAGGAGGUCUGGGGUGUGGCGCCAACCCCGAAGUUGGCCGUGAAGCAGCGGACGCGUCGAUCGAUGAGAUUCUAGAACGCGUUCAAGGUGCAAACAUGAUGUUUGUGACUGCAGGCAUGGGCGGCGGAACUGGCACAGGUGCAGCUCCUGUCAUUGCUCAGGCAGCUCUUGACGCAGGUAUUCUCACGGUGGCAGUCGUCACGAAGCCGUUCCGCUUUGAAGGCAACAACCGUGCGAAGCUGGCAGCACAGGGCCUCGCUGAGCUGAAGGAUAGCGUGGACACAAUGCUGGUGAUUCCGAACCAAAACUUGUUCAAUAUGUCGAACGAGCGGACGUCGUUGAUGGAUGCUUUCCGGAUGGCGGACAACGUGCUCCUAGACGGCGUCAAGAAUAUCUCUGAUUUGAUGGUGAUGCCUGGUCUCAUUAACCUCGACUUCGCGGAUGUUCAGUCGGUGAUGCAAAAUAUGGGAAACGCCAUGAUGGGAAGUGGAGAGGCCGAUGGAGAGAACCGGGCGCAGCGUGCAGCUGAGGAUGCGUUGGCGAACCCUCUUCUAGGAGAUAUUUCGAUCAAGGACGCCAAGGGCAUGAUCGUAAAUAUCACUGGAGGCUCCGAUCUGACGCUGUUUGAAGUCGACGAAGCUGCGGAGAGGGUGACGAGGGAACUGGACGACCCUCACGCCAACAUUAUCUUCGGCUCGACGUUCGAUGACUCGCUGGAUGGCAAGCUGCGCGUCUCCGUUGUCGCUACGGGCAUCGCUGACCCGGAGAAGUUAUAG